UCGGGCACCGUCGUUGUCCCCCUCUCCAAGAAAUCUGCUCAUAAUUAAAACACCGAAAGGGUUCAAAACCGCAAAAAGAUCAAGGAGGAAACGAAACUCAGAAUCAGAAUUCAAAGGCGUAUUCAAGAAUUAGGUUACAGAGUUGAAAAGAAUGGAGUCUUUUUCUUCUUCUUCUUCUUCAGAUGGAAGCUUGAAGCAACAAUUGGAGGAAUUACAGAAACAGCUUGGAAAGAAACAGAGAUUCGAGGACGCAGUUUCCUCUAUCAAUUCCCUUCUUAAAGUCCAUUACCCUUCUGCCUCUGCCUCUCUCCGCAAAUCGUUUUAUUCUGUUGUUUGCCGAGUUGCAACCAUUUUAAAAACUAGAUACACAGCCCCUGGAUUCUGGCUUGCCGGGUUACGUCUUUUCGAGCUCUUAGAAUCCCUUGUCUCUGAUCCUUCUGAAAAGGGUCAUUUAAGGAAAUGCAUUUCUCAGGCCAAGGAACACUUAAAUGAAAUCGAAAACCCGGUCCCAUCAUCAGAAUCUUCUCAAGACAGAGGUUAUCUCUUUGAAGGACAUCUUACUGUGGAUCCUGAACCACCACAGCCUCAAUGGUUGGUCCAAUCCAAUCUCAUGAACGCCUUUGCUUCUGCUGCAACUGCUGAAUCUUCUCGGGGUUUGGCCGGUGACGUUAAUACAGUAGAAACCGCUGCCAAUAUGCUUGAAGAGCUCAUUAAUCACCUUGAUACUGUUAUACCUGAGAUAUUGGAGAAUGAGGGUGGUGUCCGACAAGUCCCACCUGCUAGUAAAGAAGUUGUUGCAAAGCUUCCGGUUAUUGCUCUCACGGAAGAAAUCCUGGCUAAGCUUGGAUCAGAUACAGAAUGUGCAAUCUGCAAGGAGGACCUUGUUGUAGGCGAUAACAUGCAAGAAUUGCCUUGCAAGCACACAUUCCACCCUCCUUGUCUAAAGCCAUGGCUGGAUGAGCACAAUUCUUGCCCAAUUUGUAGAUAUGAACUGCAAACAGAUGACCAUGACUAUGAGAGCUGGAAGGAGCGGGAGAAGGAGGCAGAAGAAGAGAGAAAAAGUGCUGCAAACGCUGUUCGUGGUGGUGAAUACAUGUAUGUGUAGAUGACUGGUCUUAUUGGAUUUAUACUCAAUUUCAAUGAUGUUCCAUUGUUGUAUUUAUGCACGUGACUAAGUGGUGCAAUAAAGAUAAUGAUAAUUUUUUUAGACA